AGCAACAGAUCAUUCAAUAAAGAAAACAGCCGCGUGAUGAGCCGAGCCAAUGAGAUCGAGGCGACGGCACAGUGAGAUUAGCGUGCAGCCUGUAUAAGAAGCGGCCCUGCGCCUGCGCACAUCAUUCGCUGUUUCCCAGGAAGCCGUGAGGAUGCCCGAACCCGCCAAGUCUGCGCCCAAGAAGGGCUCCAAGAAAGCCGUGACCAAGACGGCCGGCAAAGGAGGCAAGAAGAAGAGAAAGACCAGGAAGGAGAGCUACGCCAUCUACGUGUAUAAGGUGCUGAAGCAGGUCCACCCCGACACUGGCAUCUCGUCCAAGGCCAUGAGCAUCAUGAACUCGUUCGUUAACGACAUCUUCGAGCGCAUCGCCUCCGAGGCGUCCCGCCUGGCUCACUACAACAAGCGCUCCACCAUCACCUCCAGGGAGAUCCAGACGGCCGUGCGCCUCCUGCUGCCCGGAGAGCUGGCCAAGCACGCCGUGUCCGAGGGCACCAAGGCGGUCACCAAGUACACCAGCUCCAAGUGAAGCUGCCGCUUAGCAUCAACCACAACAAAGGCCCUUUUAAGGGCCACUCAAA